CCUCUGUACUUGCCAUGGCUGGAGAAAUAAUUUAUGCUGAUUUAAAAAUUCCAGGAGCCAGUUCCUCUUCAAGGCCACCACAACCAUCUCAGCACUUCAGUUCCCCUCCAUGUCCCCGGUGGCAUCGCAUCGCUGUAGGGGCCGGAUGGGCUGGGAACAUCGUCCUGACAAUAGCUGUGAUAGCCCUGGGGGUUUGGGUUUCCCAGUUACAUCUCUCUUGUGAAGGACAGACCAGAGGAACUCUGAAUACAUCGGAGAAUAAUGAAGCAGAGUGCUCCUGCCAAGAGGAUUUCCGGUCUCGCUUGAAACCAAUUCUAUGUGAACCCCACAAUGGCAGCUUGGCAGAGGGCUCCGGGUGCAAACUCUGCCCCAGCGACUGGCUGCUGCGUGGGGACAAGUGCUACUGGCUGUCUAAGGAGCGUAAAAACUGGACUCGGAGCCGUGAUGACUGCUCGGGGAAGAGCUCUCGCAUGCUCGUGAUCCAGAACCAGGAGGAGAUGGAGUUCAUACAGGAUGUUACACAAGAUGCAAACGGUGCCUGGAUUGGACUUAAAGUGACAUCCCCAGGGGGGAAAUGGACCUGGGUGGACGGUUCCCCAUUAGAUCCAAUGCUCUUCUCAGUCUCAGGCUCUGCUGAAGGGAACAGCUGUGGCUGGAUAGGAGACAACCAGAUUCAGUCUGAGACCUGUGGUGCUGAGUUCAAAUGGAUCUGCCAGAAAGAAGCUACCGUGAUAUAG